CUGUUUCCCGUCUCCCAUUGCGGCUCGGCCAAACUUCCGCUGAGCUGCGCUUUGAAGGCCCGGCCCGGUCUGCCGGCGGCGCGGACACCAUGGCUUGGGCUGCGCCCUCUUUGCCCAACGAUAAGUCUCGGUUCAUCUGCAUAUAUCCUGCCUAUAUAAAUAGCAAGAAGACAAUAGCAGAAGGAAGAAGAAUACCACUUGAGAAAGCAGUUGAAAAUCCAACAUCUACAGAAAUUCAAGAUGUAUGUGCAGCAGUUGGACUUAAUGUGCUUUUGGAGAAAAACAAAAUGUAUCCCAGGGAGUGGAACCGUGAUGCACAGUAUAGAGGAAGAGUGCUCAUUCAGCUGAAGACAGAAGAUGGCAAACUAUGUCAGCCUCAGUUUCCAACACGUAAGGCAGUGAUGCUAUAUGCAGCAGAAACAAUUCCUAAACUAAAAACAAGGACACAGAAAAUGGGAAGCAGUGACCAAAGCCUACAGCAAGGAGAGGGAAGUAAAAAAGGUAAAGGAAAGAAGAAGAAAUGAGUGUGGCUGGUACAUAUGCAGUGUAUUAAGAUGAAUAUAGAUGAAGGGGAUUAUUGGCAUCUGAACUGAAAGUUGGGAGAAACAAAUGAGAACUGUCAAAACUUUCUGGACUGGACUUCGUUUAACUUUUAUCUAAUGCUACAACAGAUCAAUUGGAAAUAUAUGGAAAUAUCUACUUUAGUAUUUAUACUGAAAAGCUUGUCUAUUAAUGUGCAGAAAUACAUUAAAAAUGGAUACAGUCAAUACUUCAUAGAGCUGAUUGACCCUGAUGUGGUCCAGAUUGGUAAAGAUAACAGAGGAAUAGGUUAAUUCAAUGUUGUAUCAGGCUUCUAAACUGAUUAUUCUCAUUAUUAAAAUAAAUAACUCUUUGAAUCAAA